AUGCGCGUGCCGGGCUUUAAAUCUCGGAUCCUCCUCUCCGGAUUUCCCGGAAAAGAACUAGGGGAGCAAGCCAGAGUGGGUAGCAGCAAGAGGACCGGAGGAACCGGUGUUACUGGUGGUAACCAGAACGGAGGCCAGGGGCGGGCGCUGUCAAUCUUUCUUGCGACCGACAACGAGGCGUUACGGCCCGAGAUGCUCUCCCCUCCUGUCCUGUCGCCCUCUCUCUCGCCCCUCCAUUCCCGUCGCGCUCUCUCUCUCCGCGCCCUUCUCGUCGCCCUCUCUCUCGCCCCUCUCAUCUCGUCGCGCUCUCUCUAUCCGCGCCCUUCCCGUCGCCUCCCUUCCCAUCGCACUCUCUCUCUCCCCUCCCUUCCCAUCGCACUCUCUCUCUCCCCUCCCUUCCCAUCGCCCUCUCUCUCGCCCCUCCCUUCCCAUCGCGCUCUCUCUCUCCGCGCCCUUCUCGUCGCCCUCUCUCUCGCCCCUCUCAUCUCGUCGCGCUCUCUCUAUCCGCGCCCUUCCCGUCGCCUCCCUUCCCGCCGCCCUCUCUCUCUCCCCUCCCUUCCCGUCGCCCUCUCUCUCCCGCCUCCCUUCCCAUCGCGCUCUCUCUCUCUCCGCUCCCUUCCCGUCGCCCUCUCUCUCGCCCCUCCCUUCCCGUCGUGCUCUCUCUCUCUCCGCGCCCUUCCCGUCGACCUCUCUCCGGUCGCCCUCUCUCCCAUCGCCCUCGCUCUCUUCUUCGCUCUGUCCCGGCCAGGGGUUUUUUAUCAGAGUAAAUAA